AUGGCAACCUCCAGCUACAAAGUCGCACCUGAGAUUCAACAAGAAAAUCUUCCUUCCCUCGAUAUAACACAAUGCUUGGUCGCCGGCGGGUUCAUUUUCAACAAGCAAGGGGAAAUGCUAUUGCUUCGACGCGCUCCGAGUGAUUCGUUUGGUGGUUUUUGGGAUUACCCCGGCGGAUCUAUUGAGAAGACUGAUGCUCGCCUUUUGGAUGGUCUGUCUCGUGAGGUGGCAGAGGAGACCGGCCUAAUUAUUACGGAAGUUUUCGAGGGAACAGACAGUGUGAAACUGUCCCCAGAACAUGAUGCUUUUCAUUGGAUCACGUGGGAGGAAUUCCAGCAAAGUAUGGACGCAAUCGAUGAGGGGGGAAGUGCGAAGUAUACAUUCAAAAAGGGGGAGGAAAGCGAGGUUAAGAAGGCCUGGAAAAAGUAUCAGUUGUCCAAUGAUCGUGUGUCGUCAUAG